AUGGCAGCCGUGUGUUGGUGUCUGUUGUCUUUUGCUGUACUCCUUGCUACUUCCCUCGGCCAUCCAUUUGAGGCAGCUCGCAGAUCGGGUGUUGCUGUAUCAAACACCAAAAGCUCCUUGACCAUCAUCUACCAAAACAAUUUGAAUGCCUCAGACGAUGUCAACCAUGUCGGCGGAAUCCUCCUGGAUCCCAUGACCUCAAGUGCUGCCGUGGAAGCUUGUGGUGCUCUCAGCGAGACACUCCUGACUCACACCACCAUCCAAAAUUACAGUUCAGAUUUCUCCUCUGCUCUCUCGUACCUGGCAUUCUCCGGGAGAGUGUCACCAAAUCAAGCAUAUCACCUCUCCGGAGGCACUUUACAGGUAUUCGGUCAAGCACAGCUCUCCUUUGAGCCUUCUGCGCAGGCCGACAUUGAGCUACCUGUCCUCUGCACGCAGUCCAGCAACGCCAGUGAGCCACCGAAUUCUACAGCCAGCACAUCAAGUGAGAACACCAUCGCCGCAGCUGGCAACGUCUAUUCCUGUCUCUACUCGGGCACCGGGGAGACGGCAAACGCCACCACCUAUGGCUCCCAAUGUACGCAAGUCAGUGGAGGUAGUGAAGACUGCCUAUUCCUCAACAUUCAGACACCGUACAUCCCCAAAGCUGGUUCAAGCAAAGACCUGAGACCGGUACUCUUUUGGAUACACGGUGGUGGAUUUACCGGUGGCACUGGUGCUGACCCGCUCAGCGACGGCGGCAACCUCGCGUCUCGCGAAGACAUCGUCGUAGUCACCAUCAACUACCGACUUUCGACGCUCGGCUUUCUAGCAAUACCGGACACGGACAUCAAAGGCAACUUCGGCAUUGGUGAUCAGAUCGUGGCACUGCAAUGGACCGUCAACAACAUCGCCCAGUUCGGAGGAGAUCCCAGACGGAUCACCAUCAUUGGCGAGAGUGCCGGAGCCGGCUCGGUGCGGACUCUGCUGGGCAGUCCACCUGCCAUCGGCCUGUAUCAGGGAGCGGUGGCCAUGUCGAACCUCGGCGGCGGCGUCGACCUUGGCCUCACUGGGAACUACGGCACCACUUACUCAUCAUAUUACACAAUCAAUGAGUCGUACACGGUGGCGGGCCCCCAGAUCUUCAACGGAAGCAACUGUACUCAGCCAACGUUGAGCGGCAGGAUAGCCUGUCUGGAAACCGUCAACGCCAGUGAGCUUGUCUCGCUCAACACCGUUGCGCGAUACGUCGUCCAGGACGGUACCAUCGUGAACACCACCGAGCUAGAUGUAGUCAACAGGAACGGCAGUUCGGCAUAUGUCCCCAUCAUCUUCGGUGUCGCCGCCAACGACGGCGCGUCCUUCUCCAACAUCUCGCCGACACCCGUGCAAAACGAGACCCAGGGCCUCAUGGUCGGACUCGGGAUCAACGCCUCAUACGCCCAGGCGAUCAUCCAGUCCAGCUUGUUCCCGUACUACGACACAGGUAAUAGGACACGAGACUCGUUCAACGUCACGCAGCGCGUCGCCACCGACAAUACCUUCCGCUGUGCCGACCAAGCCACCGUCUACGCGGGUGCCGCAUCAGGCGCGUUCCCGGCAACUUAUUACUACCAGUUCGAGCGGACCAUCAAUGGAUAUAACCCGGAAAACGUGGACAGCUCAGGCCGAGUCACGCCAGGGUAUCCUCACGGCGACCCGAACAUGCCGUAUUUCCGGCUCCAUGGCGCAGACAUGGAUUGGCUGUUUGGCAGUUUCUACGUGCCUCUGCGUGACGCCAACGAUCUGUUCUCUGUCCAAUUGGUCAGUGGCUACUUUGCCGAGUUUGUCAGGAGCGGCCAGCCAAAUCCGUCUCUCGACUACCUCAGAGCAAGAGGCUACACCAAGAGCUUGCAGGGCGUUCAGGAGUCAGGCCUGUGGGACAAAGUGUCGAGUGACACGGGUCCCAUUAAGCACCUGGAUUAUCCUGCGCUGACAGGGACGUUUGUGGAUGUUCCACAGUGUGCUUGGUUGAACUAUAGUCUCAGCUACUAUCUUGAAGGAGGAAGUUGA